CCCCCAAGCGCCAAAACUGUCAUAAAAACUGAUAAAAACCAGGUUCUCUCUUUUCAAAAUUUCAAAUCUUCCAAGCGAGUGGUUUUUCGCUUCUCUUGGUUCUCGCAAAUGGAGAUAGGAUCGGGUCCGAUUGCUUCGUGCUCCAAAGACGACCAGAAGAUCUACCAGGAAUGGUUCAACUUGGCCGAUUCAGAUGGAGAUGGCCGUAUUACUGGAAAUGACGCCACGAAGUUUUUCGCCAUGUCGAAGCUAUCUCGAUCAGAACUCAAGCAGGUGUGGGCAAUUGCAGAUUCAAAGCGACAAGGGUUUCUGGGCUUUACUGAGUUCAUCACUGCGAUGCAGCUGGCAUCCCUGGCACAAGCAGGACACGAAUUAACCCCAGAUAUCAUUAAAACUGCAGCUGACAUCGAGAAUAUCAAACCUCCAUUGAUGGAAGGUUUGGAUAAUUUAAUAGCUAAAACUAAGGCUUUGACGAUAAAUGGCCACCCUGAAGUAAAUGGAAACGUUCAGCCCCAACCACCAUCAACUCAAUGGUUUGGUUCAAAAUCAGCAAAGAAGCUUCCUCCCAAUGCAGUUACAUCAAUCAUUGAUGGGUUGAACAGAUUGUACAUUGAAAAGCUAAAGCCAUUGGAAGUCGCAUAUCGUUUUAAUGAUUUUGUUUCUCCCUUGAUGACUCACAGUGAUUUUGAUGCUAAGCCCAUGGUCAUGCUUUUGGGUCAAUAUUCAACAGGAAAGACAACAUUUAUAAAACAUUUGCUAAGAUGCAACUACCCAGGAGCUCACAUUGGACCAGAGCCUACCACUGACAGAUUUGUUGUUGUUAUGUCCGGACCUGAUGAGAGGAGUAUUCCUGGGAACACUAUAGCUGUUAAUGCAGAGAUGCCAUUUGGUGGGUUGACAACUUUUGGAGGAGCAUUCUUAUCAAAAUUUGAGUGUUCUCAAAUGCCUCAUCCUUUGUUAGAUCAAAUUACACUUGUAGACACUCCUGGAGUUCUAUCUGGAGAAAAGCAACGAACACAAAGGAGUUAUGAUUUCACUGGUGUUAUAUCAUGGUUUGCAGCAAAAUGUGAUCUUAUUCUUCUUUUAUUUGAUCCCCAUAAACUUGAUAUCAGUGAUGAGUUCAAACGUGUCAUUUCAUCUCUACGCGGUAACGAUGACAAGAUCCGUGUUGUUCUAAAUAAAGCUGACCAAGUUGAUACCCAACAACUGAUGAGAGUUUAUGGGGCAUUGAUGUGGUCACUUGGAAAAGUUUUAAAUACUCCAGAGGUUGUGCGUGUUUAUAUUGGCUCAUUCAAUGACAAGCCAGUUGAUGAGGCAGCUGUGGGCCCAAUAGGGCGGGAUCUUUUUGAGAAAGAACAAGAUGAUCUCCUUGCAGAUUUGAUUGAUAUUCCAAAGAAGGCUUGUGACCGUCGAAUCAAUGAAUUUGUAAAACGUGCUAGAGCUGCUAAGAUUCAUGCCUAUAUAAUCAGUCAUCUCAAGAAGGAGAUGCCUGCCAUGAUGGGCAAAGCUAAGACCCAACAACGACUUACUGAUAAUCUGGAAAAUGAAUUUGGAAAGGUCCAGAGGGAGUUCCAUCUUCCCGCGGGCGACUUUCCAAAUGUCGAGCACUUCAGGGAGGUGUUGAAUGGUUAUAGCAUCGACAAAUUUGAGAAAUUGAAGCCUAAAAUGAUUCAAGCGGUAGAUGAUAUGCUUGGAUAUGAAAUCCCAGAACUAUUGAAGAAUUUCAGAAACCCUUAUGACUAAAAAUGUUCUUACUUGUGUGGUACUAUAAGGAAAAGAGUUGAAAUAGUUUAUUAUUAUUAUUAUUAUUAUUAUUAUUAUUAUUAUUAUUAUUAUUAUAUGCUAUGUAGCAAACUUGUGCAGAUCAAUUGUUCUAUGUUUCGGGUUCUGAUGUGUAUUGUUUUUGUCUAGUAUUUUUGAGAGUUGCAUGUUGAAAUGCAUCUUUAAGGGGAAUUGAGGAUUGUUGGGAUCUUUGUAC